GUUGGUAAUCAGAAAAGGGGGAAAAGAAAAAGGAUUUUUUUUCGCAAAAACGCAUCCCCCUUUGUGCCGCGCUGUGAUCGAAGCUGGCUAGGAACGGUUUCCAGGCGAGUGUGCUAGCGAACGGAGUAGUGUGCCGCGUAGCAGCAGCCAGACCCCUGAUUUGUGCUUUGGAACAGUUCCCGUUGACCCAAGCUCUGCUUGAGGGUGUGCGCCGAAUCGCCGUCGUCGUCGUCGGAAUGUCCGAGGAACGACCAACAACAGCAACAACAGAGGCAGCUGCAGCAUCAUCAACAACAACGACGCAUCAUCCUCCUCUGCCACCAUCGAUCGUCGGCGAUGGCGCUGCAGCGGCCGUCGGACCGCUGGCUAAUAUGGGAGGAGUAGUGGCUGCCGCAGUUCCCCCCGUGGUAGGCGCCUUGCCACUUCCGCUCACAGAACCCGCCUCCGAUCCGACCAUCGCACCGAUCGCACCGAUAAACGGACCCUCGCAUCCCUCGGUGCUUACCGAGUUCCAGCAGUACGCAGACGAUAGUGAGGAAGAUGAGGGUGAAGGCGAAUCGUAUCGCUCGGAAUCGAUCUGCAUCGAGCGAAUACGGCAGUAUCUGUCCGACAAGCUGGGAUUCUACUCACCGGAUGGAUUUGAUGAAAAGGAUGCCACGACCGUCGGCACGGGCCGCCGUAUCCUGGAAACAGUCGAUGUCGAGGGUGUCAUCAAGCACUGGAAAAAUGGAGGUUUCAAGAAGAUCGUCACGAUGGUUGGUGCUGGCAUAUCCACGUCGGCCGGAAUACCAGACUUUCGUUCACCCGACACCGGGUUGUACAACAAUCUGAUGAAGUACAACCUGCCGUACCCCCAGGCGAUUUUCGAGCUGGAGUACCUCUACCAGAACCCGAAACCGUUUUUCACGCUCGCCAAAGAGCUGUACCCGGGCACAUUUAAGCCGACGCCUUCGCACUACUUCGUCCGGCUGCUCGAGCAGAAGGGCCUGCUGGUGCGCCACUACACACAGAACAUCGACACACUCGAGCGCAUUGCGGGGAUUCACGAGGACAAGAUCGUGGAAGCGCACGGCACCUUCUACACCAACCAUUGUCUGCAGUGUAAAACCGCGUACAGCCUCGAGUUCGUUAAAGAAAAAAUCUUUGCUGACGAAGUGCCGACCUGCCCGUGCGGUGGUGUCAUUAAGCCGGACAUUGUGUUCUUUGGCGAGGGGCUGCCGGAAAGGUUUCACAUGCUACCCCACCAGGACUUUGCCGAGUGUGAUCUGCUGAUCAUCAUGGGCACCUCGCUGACGGUGCAACCGUUCGCGUCGCUCGUCGAGUACGUCAACGAUGACUGCGUUCGGUUGCUAAUCAACCGCGAUAAGGUCGGUGGCGGUGGAUUCGGUUUCUUCCGCUCGAUGAUGUUCGGCGAGGGUCUAUGUUUUGAUCUACCCGGUAACCGGCGGGAUGUGGCGUGGACCGGAAACUGUGACGAUGGUUGCUUCUUUCUCGCCGACCAGCUCGGUUGGGGCGAUGAACUACGGCAGCUCGUCGAAACAGAGCACGCAAAGAUAGUUUCGAUUCGACCGACACCAUCGAUUCCACCGACGGUAGCACCGGCCGUCGCUGCAGCGGGCACGGCCGUCGUGAAUGGUCCGAUCGCGAUCGCCAACCCGGCAGUUGCUACUGACGCUAGUGUCGCCGAUGAUGGUUCCGUAACGUCCGAGGAUGAACAUUUUAAUGAUGUCUGUGACGGUGGCGGCAGUAGUGAUAGUGUCCAUGCGAUGGCUACCGAUCCCCAUCACGACAACGAGCACCAUCAUCAGCACCACCACCAUCAUCCGCACCUUCAUCACCAUCAUCAUCAUCAUCAUCAACGGCAUCAUGAUCAGCAGCAUCAUCAUCAUAAUCAGCUUCAUCAGCAACACGUGGAACACCAUGAGAUGGAGGAGCAGCAACAGCACCAUCACCACCAGCACCACCAGCAACGGGAAGAAUCUCCUUCCGAGGAUAAAACCUAAAUUAUUCGUUUUAAAUCCCCACUCCUUUCGCUUCAAUUUCGUCUUUUUCUUCUUCUACUACUACUACCACUACUACUAAUGCUUCUAUUACCACUUCCCCUAUAACAAAUCGCCUUGGCCCGAAAUCCUGUUCGACUAAUUUAAGUGACCUCCCCCUUCCUUCCCCACGGGCUCCGCGAUACAGAACGAGAGAGAAGAGAAAGAGAUGAAGGAAGCGGAUUUUAAUGAGAUGAAGGAAGCGGAUUGGCCUGCUGCGAUGAGCUGAGUCUGCAUUUUUCGAAACAUCCUAGGAAUCAACUAGAGAAAAUCAUCCAUACCACACUGUGUCGAGUGAGUAGGCCGCCGGUACUUUCGCUAUUUGCUGUUGAGUAAAUGAGGAGCGACAUGCACAUACACGCAACAACAACAACACUAAAAACCCAUGCUUCCGAUGGCGAAUUCUGAUUCACGCUACUUUGGUUCCUUUUGUAUGGAGAGCGCGUCUUACAAACUUAGGAGAGAGCAAAACAGUAGAAAAGGAUUAAAAAUUCGACGCUCUGACCGCGGAUUCAGUAGCGCGAGAGAAACAUCGAUCACGAGUGCAAUUGUGGAACCGUUUCGUCGACCGCCACCGUCGGUCUCCUGUCGGAUGGUGGGAUUGAAAAGCGAUGUGUAGAGAAAUUGCUAUUAGCAUGCUAUUAACUUUAUUUUACAAUACCGUAGUUCAUCAGGCAAGGUGGAGAUCAUAGAAGUCCAGUCGUUGUCGAUAAGACGAGACAAAUUAUAUACAUAUUUUUCAUAUAUUUUACAUUCGUACACAUACACACACACACACACACAAACUGGCGCAAUGAUGGAUGAAAAUGAUCGCUAACGAGCGUCGGUACUAGGAACUUGCUCUCCUUAUCGCUGCUACCGUUUACAGUUAGAAGCACUUGUAAUCGAUCGUGAUUUGCACGGCAAGAGACAAAGGGCAACACAUUGUGCAAGGACUUUACUGCACUUAGCUGAUGCCUGGUGUAGAGAGAGCGUGAGAGGGAAAGAGAAAGAGAGAGCGAUUUAUAUAUAAGCAAGCAGGGCAGUUCAAUUUAUGAUGCAGAUAUUUGUAAUAAACCGGGGCUAAAUUAAAUUCUACUUUCAAUUUGUGUUCACCAACCAUUAUUUUGAUGUGGUGAUCGAGUACUUAGUAGCCAUGGCUUCCCGAUUUCGAUCAACAUCGGUUCCAUCGAUAACCCUCUU